CCGGCCGCAUUGCUCCGCGUCGCUCCCGAGUGCGGCCGCUCGGCUGGGGCAGCUGCGGCCCGGGGGCCGUCGGAGCCGUCGUUGGGCAGCCCCGCUGGUUCCGGGGGAGCCGCCACGGGUCAGGGGCUGCUCGGAUCGUUAGUGAGCUCAGCCGUGCCGUGAGGCCGCGCCAUGGGGCUGCUGGGCAGGAUGGCGGUGCUGGCCGUGCGCGGCGGCGCUGCCCGGCGGUGGCUGGGGCGGCCCUGCGCGGGGGGCCGGCCGCCUGCCCGCGCCGCUGCCUCUUCCCCGGCUCUGGGACGGUACGGGGAAGUGUUCAGGUCCUCGGUGGAGGAGCCCGAGAAAGUUUGGGGAGCUGCCGCCGAGCUGAUCCAGUGGUCCAAGCCCUGGGACAGGGCACUGGAAAGGCGCGGCCCGGGGAGCGAGUCGUGGUUUGUCGGUGGAGAGCUGAAUAUCUGUUACAAUGCUGUUGAUCGUCACGUUGAGAAUGGACGAGGAGACCACACUGCCAUUAUUUAUGACAGUCCUGUAACAAAUACCAAAGAGAAAAUAACUUAUAAGGAACUCCUUGAACAGGUGUCCAAGUUAGCUGAUGUCAUGGUCAGACAUGGUGUGAAGAAAGGAGAUCGAGUGGUCAUCUACAUGCCCAUGAUUCCACAGACAGUGUGCUGCAUGCUGGCAUGUGCAAGAAUAGGAGCCAUCCAUAGCCUGAUUUUUGGUGGAUUUGCGUCCAAAGAGCUCUCUGUUCGCAUUGAUCACGCAAAGCCCAGACUUAUUGUAACAGCAAGUUUUGGAGUAGAACCAAAAAGAAAAGUGGAAUACAUAUCACUCCUAGAAGGAGCACUGGGAAUGGUACAGCACAAACCUGAGAAAGUUCUCAUUUACAGGCGACCGAACUUGGGCCACGUUCCUCUUACUCCAGGGCGAGAUCUUGACUGGGAAGAAGAGCUGGCAAAAGCACAGUGUUACAAGUGUGUCUCUGUUCCUUCAGACCAUCCUCUUUAUAUUCUAUAUACGUCAGGAACAACAGGCUUGCCCAAGGGUGUUAUCAGACCAACAGGUGGCUAUGCAGUUAUGCUGAACUGGACGAUGUCAGCUAUAUAUGGACUCAAACCUGGUGAGGUGUGGUGGGCAGCCUCUGACUUAGGCUGGGUAGUUGGUCAUUCUUACAUUUGCUACGGGCCUCUUCUUCAUGGAAAUCCUACAGUUUUGUAUGAGGGGAAGCCUGUGGGAACACCAGAUGCUGGUGCCUAUUUCCGCGUGCUAGCAGAGCAUGAAGUAGCUGCCUUCUUUACUUCACCAACUGCAAUUAGAGCAAUCCGUCAGCAGGACCCCGAGGCAGCCCUGGGAAAGCAGUACUCUCUAAAAAGGUUCAGGAUGAUGUUUGUAGCUGGUGAGCACUGUGAUGUGGACACACUAGAAUGGUCAAAAAAAGUCUUCAAGGUACCUGUCUUGGACCACUGGUGGCAAACUGAAUCUGGUUCUCCGAUAACUGCUUCAUGUGUUGGUUUGGGGAACUCUACAACGCCUCCGCCCGGACAGGCAGGAAAACCAGUGCCAGGAUACAAUGUGAUGAUUCUGGAUGAAAAUAAGGAACCAGUGAAGGCGAAGACUUUAGGAAAUGUUGUGGUAAAGUUACCUUUGCCUCCUGGAGCAUUCUCAGGCCUUUGGGAAAAUCAGGAAGCAUUCCACAAGUUGUAUUUCCAGAAAUUUCCAGGAUAUUAUGAUACUAUGGAUGCAGGCUAUAUGGAUGAAGAUGGCUAUUUAUAUGUCCUGUCUCGAGCUGAUGAUGUGAUCAAUGUUGCGGGACACAGAAUUUCAGCAGGUGCAAUUGAAGAGUUACAGCUUCCCCCUGAAACGGUGCUUCGUCACUACAGAAUUCUGGAUGCUUUUCUUUUUGUCUUUUGAACAAAGGUAAAAAAAUAAAAAUAAAAUAGCAUUGUUAGUACAUUCACAGCGAAUUGCUGGUUAACUUGAAAAGCAUUAACAAGAAUACAGUUAGCUUUUCAGUAAGAUCAGUAAAUACAGAAUUGGAGGUUUAGUGAACAGUCUUCUAAUUGUCAUUCACCUUGUUGGGCAAAUGUAUGCAUAUAAAUGCAUUUACAUUAUAGCUGUGUUACAAUAUUAACCAGUAUAUCCUUAGUGACUUGGUGAAGAAUUUCAGCUUCACUAUAUUUCGAGCAGUUAUUUUCUUUAUCUGUUAAUAUCACUGGAGCUCCAUCUUUACUGAGAUGCGGUAAUUCUACUGGUAACCUUGCCAGUCAUUAAAUAUUUGCCACUAUGGUAACCUUAGCUUGUGUUGAUCUGUCCAUCGUGUCUGUACAUCUGUGAUUCCAAGCUUAGCCUGACAACUUUUUGAAUAUACCCAAAUGAAGUCUUGUCUGUCUAAUGCAACAGAUGUAAAGUUGAGGAAUUUAGCAUGAAAAGUUCCCUUUUCUGACAGUGGGAUUUCUGACUGCUGCUGCAUUAGAAGUCCCUUGUGCCCAGUAACUGUGUUCAAGAAAUGCCCUUCAUUUUAUCUUACUUGUCACCUAAAAUUUUUUACUGGUGCUCAUUUUGUUUUCUGUUCAUCUUUUCAGCCUGUCUUAAAAAACUGAUAAUUUUUAAGUUAGUAUUUACACUUCCAGUCAUAUGAAAUUACCUGUCCCAGUGUCAACAGCAUAUUGAUGGGAUUUUUUGAUAGACCAGCCAAGGAAAUUAAUAUAGAUCUUACCAGUCUACUUUUCUACAAUUCACUGAAAAGCAGAUGAAAAGUAGUUUCAUCUUUUUCUCUUUCUUAGUUCUGUGUCAGUCAGGUUGCUAUAGGCAGGAUCAAGAAGUCAGCAUAGAAAAAGAAUGCGUAUUUAAAGCACAAAAUUGAAUGCUUUGUGGAUUAGAGGUAGCCCAGGCUCAUAGGUUUAUGUCAUGCAGUGAAAUAUCACUGGGAUUAGGAGUUGCAUGAAGAAGCUUGGUGCUUUGGAAGAGGAUUCUCAGUUACUGGUGUUCUGAAUCCAGCUUAGCUCCCAACUUAGUGACACACUCUCAGUAUCCAUUGAGACAUCUUGGUGAUUUUCUUUCGGGAAAUAGGAAUCUCAGUUGGCUAAUUGAAAACAAAAGAAACUCUUAGUCUUUUUUCUGAAAAUAGUUUGAGAUAUUGGCGCUGCUGCCCAUCGCUUGCGUGAUUGCAUAGAAAUGUGGUAGUAAAGAGUAGGCUUUGGUUCAAUUCCUUUUUUUGUCUGUGAAGGUUGAGACCUCACGUUUCCAGGCAGAUCAACUGAGCAAGCUGACCUAGGGCUUGUAUUUGGCUUUAGUUGAAGUUGUCUUAAUGAAGCAAAGAACUGAAGAGAUAAAAGGCAUCGGAGAGGAUGAGCCAAAGUGAAUACAACUCCAUAGGCCUGCAAUAGCAGAGCUUCUGAGGUUUUAGUUCUUAACUCCACAGCAUCUGUAAUGUUAGACUGAGGUGUGUUUUUGUUUUUGUUUGUUUGUUUGUUUGUUUUUCCCAGCAAAAAGCACACUAACAAAAACCUAGAUGUGACAGUCUUGUUUUCCCAAAACUAUAAGGAUACACUUUUGCUUUGUUCAAGCCUGGAUUAUUUCUAUUUGAUUCUGUGAUUCUGCAUUUGUAUCUUAUGCUGCCAAUGUUUUUAUUUUUUAAAUUUGUUUGAAGAAUACACAUCAGCACCUAUGAAAGUAUUCACACAUGCAUUUGCAGUGUGUGUAAUUAGAGUCCUGAAGUGUACUGACUAAAUAAUUACUGAUGCCAAUAUUUAAUCACUAAGUCUAUUUUUAUGUCCCUCCUUGUGGAAUUUCUUCACUGAAAUGCUCAGAUUAUUAUUAAUCUAGUUUAGUUUUGUUUUCUG